AUUAAUAUCAGUCUUUUUCCACAAAUAUCCUGUCUAGAUUGUUUACUGGUUGUAAAAUGAUUAAUUUUCAGUAUUUAGCGCAUUAAGUUUUAUCAUACAACUCUGUACGUUAUUACGUACAUAAUCAAGUUAUUAGUCUAAGAAAUUAGCAAGAAUCAUUCAUAAUCAUUUUUAGAUUAGUGAAAUUUGUUCCAUUUUAUAAAAUAGGCGACUUUAUGUGUGUAACGUAGUUAGAAAACUUUACGGAUUUUUUUUAUUCAUUGUUGCAAAACAUAAACCUACAUAACUUGAGUUAUGAUGUACUUGGUGGCUUGGUUAUCAAUAACGUUCGUAAUUUUAAUGAUAAGCGUAAAAACCAAAAGUUCGCAGUCCGAGUACUGUAGUGAAUUGUGUCCGAAUUCUGUUGCAUUUACGGUCACAAUUCUGGCCUGGAGGGAGGAGUGUUUUUACGAAUUUUUAACACCAUCAGAUCUUCCCGUGACUUUUAGUUAUCUGGUCAUUACCGGUGGUCGUUUGGACGUCAAUGUUGCAGUUGCAGCUCCGGGAGGAGAAUUAAUUUAUAUGGAAUAUUUAGCACGACAAGACACGUACGACCUUCCAGUCGACACCUCGGGUAUCUACAAGUUCUGCUUUUCCAAUAAAUUUUCCUGGAUUACCGAAAAGCUGGUAUAUUUUGGGUUAAAAUUUACACAAAAUGACGACAUUUUAAAACCAGAUUGGUACGACAAACCUACCCGAUUGGAAGAAAAUCAGGGAAACCUUACUCAAUUAGAAGUGUCAUUAAAGCAAAUACACAUCAACUUAGGUGACACGCAGGACAAAUGUGAUCACGCCAAGAUGACGCGUACCAGUGAGGAGGUUGCGCAACAGGAAGAUGUCGUGUAUGUCAUAUUAACCUUCAAGCAAAUACAAAUUACGUCGAUACUGCUCAUUCUAGUCAUAAUGCUGGGACAGGUUAUCCUUGUCAAGAAGUACGUGACCCUGCAACUAGCCGGAUACGUCGCAGCUGAGGGGAAAUCUUUACUUCGGGAAGAUAAGAGGGAUUGGAAAUAUUUCCCAGAAACUUUCAAGUCUCGGAAUCUAAAGUUUGAAUUUGAUCAACGUAAUUCGGCCAAGGUUAAAAAACCGAAUGUUUCCAUAUAAUUCAUAGUCAACAACAACGUUUAAAUAAUGCCUACAAAUUUGUUGACGAAUAAGUACCUGAAGCUUAAUGUACAUAGACCUUAUUUAUGCAUGCAUGCACUCUUAGAAAAAUCAAUAACCGUUGGUAUUGAUACGUGACUCUACCGCGUGGUAUUGAUCCGGUAUUGAAUUAAUACUAGGUGGUA